AUGGACUACUGGAUCGAAAUCUUCAAUCGGUGGCAAGCCAUGGGGUCCUGGAAACCCGGCAGCGCACCGAAGAUCAUAGAUGCAUACGAGCUGCAAGAAUUGCUCUCCGUUCCCAUGCCGAAAACCCUGGCAUGGGUCAAGCUCUUCGAUCCUGCCGCGUAUGCUCAGCAUGAGUGCACCAGGUCAGCGACGGACUUGAAGAAGGUGAAGUUCUCUGUUCCUGCUUUCCUUUCGUCCGGCAUCUUCAUGUCAACCACGAUCUCCAAGAGGCAAAAGAUCCGAUUUUUGCUGGGUAUCUUCAACGAGAACGACAGCCAGACACUGGAGCCGAACGAGUUUGUGCAGAUGAUCUCGUCGUUUUGCUACGGCAUUGCUGCCGCCUUCGCCCUCCUCGACAAUCCCUGCGUUGCUCCGAAGCCAAGCGCACGCCAACAGCUGGGAAAAUGCCUUUUCGAGCGUGUGGUCAACAGUGCCUGCUGCAGGUUGCCGUACCAGGAGGCCAAGAAGAUCAAAGCCAGCGACACAGCACCGCUCUGGCUCAUUGAAGAGUGGUUCUUGUCUGAAAGUGGCGAUCCUCUCUCUGCCCCCUUUAAAAUGCUUCUGGAGCGAUUUUCCACUCGCGGCUUGGAAGAUGAUCCGGAGUUCUUCGAGGACAAUGUUGUGGAACUGCACCCGGAGCCGUUCGUGAGUAUUUUGACUCCUGCUAUCAACAGCUCUCGAUGUAGGCAUGGUGCGGAAAGUAUUCCAAGAGUGCGAAAGGCAGCGGGACUUCGCUUUAUCCCAUACAGACAUCGUGCCCUGGGGGAGUCUAUCCCCCCGGAUCUCUGGUGCAACCGAGCUGUGCGAGGUUUGGACGAGAUGGAGCGUUUGCGGGGGACCGGACAGACCCUUGCAAUGUUAAAAGCAACUCUGCCGGUUCUCUGGGACUUGAAACCCAGCUUAUCACUCUUCCUGAGAAAGAUCUGCCCGAAUGCGAAGCCCCGGCACCUUCGCAUGUUCCAGAUUUGGAUGAAGGAGUUGGAUCUCAUAGAGGAGCUCAGAGCACAAUCAUCGAACUUUCGCCGCAUGCAGCUUUACGUCGAAAGUUAUUUUGCCCGCCCGAUCCUGCCAGCACGCAUUCGGCAAGAGUUGCUAGAAGAGUAUGAGAACCUCGCCUACAGCACCAGAGAGGCUUGCAUUAUGCAAGAUGCCUUGCGAAAGAGAUUCUUCGAUCGCGGCUCGAGGGUGACCAAGGAGGAUUAUGUCGCUGCCAUGUGCCCGACAGAGUUUCGCCAUAAGGAAAGCAGCCCUGUCGUCAGCCAGGUUAUAGGCCAGCUGCUCAGCAUGCAGGUGGCCAAAGUUGAGCAGGCCCUCUUGCAGAAGGCUAUUUCAAACGCAAAAUAUGGUCACACUCUUCUGACCGCGGUUGCAACCAUGCUGGAUGCCAGCAAGGAAAGGCUAGCGGUGAGUGAAUUUCCCUGCCAUGGCGACUUCGCCGCGCAGAGCUACAAAGAGCGCGACGGGGUGAGAUCCCCUCCCGGGGCGUCCCCGGACACUCCACUCUUGCAGCCCAGGGCGUCCUCGGAAGUGCAAUCUCAAGCCGGCCACAACUUCUCGGAUAGCCCUGGCAUCCAGGAGAGUAGUCAUUCAUUGGAUGAGGUCGGUGCGAUGGGGCAAGAGGAGCUGGAGGAGAAGCCGCCAAGUGUGCGAUUGAAGAGUAUCACAAGCGUGCAGUCGGCGGAUAUCAAUGCAUUCCAGAAGCGUCGACCGUCGUGGGGCUGCGUUCUCAGUCCCUCCGGGAGCUUUCGAAAUGUGUGGGAUCUGCUCGGCGUUCUCUGCUUGAUGUGGGAUGUUAUCAUGAUUCCCCUACAGAUGUUUGAGUUGGAUUUCGAGCUUCAAGUCGGUUUGGAUUGGCUAUCGCGACUGGAAAUGGUGUUCUGGGCCGUGGACAUGUUGCUCGCGUUCUUUACCGGCUUCGUGGAUCGCGGAAUCCUCAUCUUGGACUUGCGAAGGAUUCGACAGCACUACCUUCUCCACUGGUUCGGCAUAGACUUCUCCAUCCUCCUCACCGACUUUCUCUUGGAGUUUGCCUUCGUGGAGAGCCUUGGGGAGGUGAAGGCUGCUAAGUUCCUGAGACUCAUCCGGCUCCUCCGCAUCAUACGCUUAGGGAAGCUCACCCACGUCUCCAUCUUCCUCCGGGAUCAGCUGAAAUCACGGGUGGCUUGCAUACAGCUGAACCUCGGCAUCGUGCUUCUCUGCAUCGUCCUCCUUCAGCACGUCGUCGCAUGCUGCUGGCACGGCAUCGCUUCCCUAAGCGCCGACUCCUGGCUCGACCAGCAUUCCAUGCGAAACCAGCGUGUCUCGUUUCAAUAUGCCACGGCCAUGCGCUGGAGCCUUGCCCAGCUGGGGAUCGGCGGCACGGAAAUCGAGGCGGUCUCCUACGCAGAGGCAGUCUACUCGGUGGUCGUGGCCUUCGUCUCCCUGAUCUCUUUUUCCACGGUGAUCAGCUCCAUGACCUCCCUCAUCUCAAGCCUGAACAAGGCGAAGGUGGAGGAGACGGAUCAGUUUUGGUUGCUCCGCAAGUACCUGCGUGACAAGCACAUCGCAGGGAGCUUGGCCGAGCGCAUCACAGAUUUCUUGCGGUAUGCUUACCACACCCAUGCUACGCAGACUGCCGAUCGCCCUUACAUCCUUCAGCUCUUGUCGAAGCCUUUGCAGGGGGAGUUGAGCUUUCGCAUUUAUCGCGACAGCAUUUUGAAGAUCUCCUUCCUGGCAGAAGUGGCACAGACUGUGGCUGUGCACAACGACAGUGCAUUUCACAAGUUGGCCAGUGAGGCUGUCAGCAUCAUCGACACCGGCACUGGUGAUGUCGUCUUCUCAACCUAUGGAGAGGCAGAAGCGUCGUACCUGCCCCUGCAAGGCACCUUGAGGUACUUACACGGUCAAGGAGAGCAGGACACGGAAGGACACACCUGGAUCGCGGAGAUGGCCCUGUGGACCAAAUGGCUACAUGCGGGUGACCUUCUCUCCGUGAACUUCUCGCGCCUCGUCUGCCUGGAUUCCCAGGAGUUCUGCAACAGCAUGUUCACCUCUUUGGAGCUCCGGAACCGUGCACAUCUCUAUGCAAAGCUCUAUCUGGAGCGACUCAGGCAGCAGCGCAUCCUCACGGACCUUUGGCUGUACCAAGAAGUUAUGACAGCCGAGCGCCAGCCCACGCAUGGGGACGAAGGAG